AUGGCAGAGAACUAUGAGGCUGAUGUGCAGGAACUGGUCAAGGAGGAUUUUCUACCCUAUGACGGCAACCGUUCAGCUCUGGUGGAGCGUUUUCGCCUGGCCAUCAUGGCUAAUGAUUUGGGAGCUGUGAAAGAAUGUGUGGCUAUUGCUGAGAGAUUUAGUCCGGAAUAUGGCAAAAAGGUUCUCCUCAAUGCUACUGACCGAGAAGGGUGGACGCCACUCUUCACUGCUCUCCAACACGAUGCCAAAGAAUGCUUCCAUUACCUGUUCGAAAAUGGUUCCGGAACCAUAAGGGCCAGUGAACCAAGAGGUGAUAUGCACGCACUGACCUAUGCUUUGGAUGUUGAGAGUGGCAAGGUCAAUUGGGGUCCAAAAGUGCAGUCAUUGCCCAACCUGAUCCUUCAACUUGGGGAAAAGAGGUAUGGGGGUAGCCCAAUCAUGCGGCUCUUCCAGCAGAACAGAUAUCUUUCUACAUGGUGCGCUAAAGUAUUGAUUCGUGGAGAGGAGGGAAGGUGUUCCCAAGAUGUGAUUGGUUUUGGAAUAGUGCUGAGACUUAAUGAAGAAACGGAGGCUAACUACAAAUUGGAUUUGGGUGAAAUUCAUGAAACUGUGUGCCAACAAUUUACUAAUGCAGCUCCACAAGCAAUUGAUUUGACUGAUCCCUCUACUGAGCCAACAAAAAUGCCUGAACCAACAAAAAUGCUUAUAUGCCAAGCACUGUUGAUUCAAGGUGGAGAAGUAAAAACAAAACAAAAAAACAAUACAGGGGGUGAGGCUGCUGCUGGGAGUGAGAAGUUGAAGCUUGAGAUGAUGCAGAGUGAUCUAGUGGAGAAGCACUGCUGUUUUGGGUGCAGAGAGAUUCAAAAGUCCAAGUCAUUCUUGUGGGAGAACAAACCUUGCUCUCACGUCCUGUGGUGCGCAGAUUGCAAGGAGUGCCUAAUGAAGAUAACUGAGGGACCUGGGCAUCCCUGCGUCCUUUGUGGUGCGACGGUUAUUUCCAUAUUACCUGUGCUCAUGUGAUCGAUGAAGAUAUAUUUUGGGGUGCCAAUGGCUAAGGAAUCUGUGUUAUCAUUUGCAUCUUCCUAGUUGACUUGUGUUUCAAGUACUUUGAGAAUUUGGUGCAAUUGUCUCUUAUUUGGACACCAGUUUAUGUCUUCCUAGUUG